AAUAGCCCCAAAAGAGAAACAGACAAAUUUGCAAAUUGGUUGGCAGCAGCAGCCACGGUAGAAGUAGCAGCAGCUGUGCGUCGUAACAACACAAAACAGUUGCAUCUCAUUUGGAAUUCGAAUUCAAAUUGGAAUUGAGAUCGGACCAGGAAGUGAGCGCACCAGCACCAGAAACAGCAACACCCACAGCAACAACAAGAAUGGCUUUGGAAAGCGGCACACAAACGGGGAGCAAUGCGCUGACAUCAUCCUUUACAACAAAAAAGAAGGAUGCCGCCGCGGAAAAGGAGAAUCUGUGGUCGGCAAUAUUGAAUGAAGUACAAACACAGGGCAGCACAAAACUUCCAUCAAAUAAAUCUGUACUAGUAUUAGGCGAUAAUGCCACCGGCAAGACGACCCUCAUUGCCAAACUUCAGGGUGUGGAGGAUCCGAAAAAGGGUUCCGGCCUGGAGUAUGCCUAUAUUGAUGUCAAGGACGAGUACAGAGACGACAUGACGCGUUUGGGUGUUUGGGUCCUGGACGGUGAUCCAGGACACACAAAUCUGCUGCACUUCGCGCUCAACGAAACGAACUAUGCACACACACUCGUCAUACUCACAGUGUCGAUGACCCAGCCAUGGGGCUGGCUGGAGCAGCUCAAUCAUUGGAUCAAAGUCCUCGGCCAGCAUAUCGAGAGCCUGCCACUGGAGGCCAAAGAUAAGGAGACGGCACGCCAGCGACUAGCAACGACGUGGCAGAGCUAUUGCGAGGUCGGCGAUGAUCUGGAUCCAGGAUCACCAGUCAAACGGACCAUGCGCAACAAUUCGAUCGAUGAGGAUGAUCUGUUGCCGCUGACAGAGGACGCACUUAUUACAAAUCUGGGUCUCGAUAUAGUCGUUGUGGUCACAAAGACGGACUACAUGACCACAUUGGAGAAGGAGUACGAGUAUCGGGAUGAGCAUUUUGAUUUUAUCCAGCAAUGGAUACGCAACUUUUGCCUACGAACCGGCGCCUCGCUCUUCUAUACGAGCGUCAAAGAAGAUAAAAACUGUGAUCUCCUCUACAAAUAUCUAACGCAUCGAAUUUAUGGCCUACCAUUCCGUACGCCAGCGCUAGUCGUUGAAAAGGAUGCGGUACUCAUUCCGGCUGGCUGGGAUAGCCUAAAGAAGAUUAGUAUUCUGUUUGAGAAUAUGCAUGGGAUCAAGGCCGAGAGUCCCUACGCAGAUGUCAUCAAGGCGCCGCCCACACGAAAGGCGGUGUCCAAUCGCGAGGUGGAAGUGCAAACGGAGGACGAGCAGACCUUUCUGGUCCGCCAACAGGAGAUACUCAAGCAGGCUGGACAGGAUCGCGGGGAAUCACCGCUGCGUUCGCAGGGCGGCGGCGGUGUUGGCGGCAAUAAGAGUGUGGCACGCACACCCGGCAGCACCGGCCAGAGCUCACCCAAGAAGAUUGAUCCCAAGCUGACGCCAGCCACGCCUGGUGGCGAGGGUGUUCUGGCCAAUUUCUUUAACUCACUGCUACACAAAAAGUCGGGCAGCCCGGCUGGCGGUGCUGGGCCACCGGGCACCGGCACACCCACAGGCACAACGCGCACCACCAAUGGCACCGACAGCCUCAUGACGCCCGAGAAGUUGGCCGUCCGUUCAGAUGCGGCCGCCGAGUUGGAUCGGCUGUCGCGCAGCGUCAAGAAGGAGAUUGAUAUGUCACAGAGUGAGUGUUGAAAUACAACACCAGCCAGCCCACAGCAGCCGCUUCUACAGCGACAGCACCAACAACAACAGAACCAGAACAACAUUAUAAGAAAUCUUUAAGCAAAAAGUGGAAUGCAGAGAGGCU